AUGGGCUUCAACAAUCUCCCUGUGGACGUGUUCUUCACCAUCAUCGACAAUGUGUUGACCCACUCAAACUGGUCGGAAGGACUACGGUUGCGCAGGAUCAAUCGAUUGUUCGACCGCGAAAUCCAAUGCGCUUUCUUUGAUCGAAUGUCGGUUCCAAUUCAUCAAGGAGCCCUGGGCUGGAAAACCCAUUUGAUGAAAGGCCAGCACCUGUGCAGAUACCUCAAGGGUCAGAUGGGCACACCGCGGCCCAGGAGUAAAUUGGCUGUCAACAUGCAGGGUGCAGUUGAAAUCCUCCAGAAUGUCGAAGAGUUCUCAUGGGACGCAGAUGUCCAUAACAAAGUGCCGGCCGCCCUGUGCAAUACAGUCCAUCUUGGCAACGGAGAUAGGUAUGACCGGACACAAAUGCUGGUCGCCCUCACGGCCUUGGCCUUCCUUAUCUCUGCCGAUUUUCCGUCGCUGAAUCGUCUGACUCGUUACAAUAUGCAAGCCCAGGCGGAGGGUUGGGCCAUGAUGACAGCCAUAUUGCUAAAUGACAAACCGACGGUAGACACACUUCUGGCUCGUCAGCCCGAGGAAUUGAGGAUGUUUCAGCUGUCUGAUCCUUUACGCAUGGCAGUCAAGCAGGGCAACGUUGAAAUGACCCGAUUUCUCCUCGAAAAUGGCGCCUGUGUCAACAUGUAUUCGACCUACUACAACCCGGACAUGGGCUACAGAAUGGUCUUACAAGAUGCAUGUGUGGAUGGAAAUUUGGAGAUGAUCCACCUACUACUCGACCCGAAAUACUGCAUGCAGACUGACAGCGAAGAAUACGAGGUGACAUUCAAGCUUAUUGUCGAAAGCUCUGCCCGCGACCGUGCCAGACUUGACGUGUACAAACGAAUUCUUCGAUUGCUGAUUCUCUCCGCCGCGGAAGACGUCCGUUUACCCUUGCUCCACUACAUCGUGGACCUUUCGAUCACCAACCAUACCAACGACCUUGUUUUGCUCGCAAUCGAGCUUGGGUUUGACGUGAACGAGAAGAACUUUGAUCCGCAGGCCCCUCUCGUUCACGCCGUAAGUAGCGGUGAACUCGAAAUCGCGGAAACCCUUGUCGCCCAUGGCGCCAGACCGAUGCACAAGCAAGAUUAUGAUGCAGUCUCUGAGGCGUGCCGUUGUGGCCGGGUGGACAUGCUGGAAAUGCUACUCACCCAGACGAUCACCGUUGAGGAGUAUGGUCACGCCUUCGCCGGAGUCGUUCUUCUCGAGUCUGCAAAAUCUUGGAAGUACGGAGAGCAUGUCUAUCUACAGCUCAUGCACUGCUUUUUUGAUCACGGGCUAGAUCCUAACGCCGCCAAUUGGGGGUUUAUGGCACUCAACCUCGCAAUCGAUCGCAGGCACUAUGCUGUUACCGAGUAUCUUCUUACCAAAGAGCUCAUGCCGAUUGUUGAACCUGAAGACCCCUGA